CUUCGUGCCCUUUUGACUGGUUCUCUGUGGACUUGGCCAAUUGCCAAAGUGUACAGGCCAGCGCGACGCGGUAUUGGCAAUCUAGUACAUAUAGCGUGCUAUAGUGCCCUUGCGAACCCGCUUCUCGGCCGCAGCUUGUCUCUGCCAAACCGUCCUGAAAACCGCCUAUUUCCUUUCGACUCUCAUCGCGAUCCAACACCGUCAAAAUGAUGGCACUAGAGCCUUCAAGGCAACAUCAGGGGCCAUACUUCCAGGACUACUCCAUUGAUCCUGCCCUGGUCGACUCCUUCAGUUUCGUGGACAGCCUUGGUGCAUAUGGUCCCGACUUGACCCAGCCUUCCUUUCAGAAUACUGGGUUCGGUGAUUCAUAUACUGACAUGGGCAAACAAAAUUUUCCCGUUACCACUUCAGAGGGGUUUCUGUCUGGUGUGUCGACCGCUUCCGGUCCUUCGAUUGCCAGCGCUUCUUCAUCAGCCAUGGGCUCGCCUUACUCGGCAAAUACGCAAACCUUUCAAGAGGAUUGGGUUGACACAACCCACGGUUUGAGCCAUCCUACUGCAGUCAUGGGAGAUUUGUUUUCCAACGAGAGUAUGGUAAACACUUUUGACGCGGAGGGGUUUUACCAAAAGAAAUCAGAUAGCUUUGUUGACCCCUCUCUUAUCCAGCCCAUGCAGCAACCGCAACUCACUCUUACUCCUCCCGCCAUUUCAUACCCUGAACAGCCCGACUACAACCUGGCCCCAACCAGCUUCUACCCUCAGUCUCCGGAACCUUCUCGAUUUCACUAUGCAGAAAAUUACAUGCCGAAGCAAUCAUUCCCGCAACAAUCCAACCUCGCCCCUCCCUCGCCAAUACCCUCAGGCCCUCACUCUCGCCCUGCGUCUAUAUAUGAUCGCCGGUCGUCGAUAUCAUCCAUACACUCUCGUCCUUCACAAGCAAGCCCAGCUCCCAGCGGUGCUGAAUUCGAAGGCGAUGUCAAGGAGAAGGGACGUUGCCCUCAUCCCGACUGCGGGCGUGUUUUUAAAGACUUGAAGGCCCACAUGCUCACCCAUCAAUCGGAACGACCCGAAAAGUGUCCGAUUGUGACCUGCGAGUACCACAUCAAGGGCUUUGCCCGUAAAUAUGACAAGAACAGACACACUCUCACCCACUACAAGGGCACGAUGGUCUGCGGCUUCUGUCCCGGCUCCGGCUCUCCCGCGGAGAAGAGUUUCAACAGGGCCGACGUGUUCAAGCGCCAUCUAACCUCAGUUCAUGGUGUGGAGCAGACCCCACCAAACUGCCGCAAGAAGAGCCCGGCUGCCUCUUCUGCUAAGAGCGUCUCGGACUACUGCCAAGAUGCGACGGGCAAGUGCUCCACUUGCUCAGGCACCUUCAGCAACGCACAGGACUUCUACGAGCAUCUCGACGACUGUGUCCUCCGCGUUGUGCAGCAAGAGGAACCCAGCGAGGCGAUCAACCAACAAAGACUUGCAGAAGUCGAGUCGGAUGAGGAAGUCCAGAAGACAAUGGAAAAGCACAGGCUACUCGACACGGCUGGCUCCGUUGAUCAAUACGACGAUGAAAACGAUGACGACGACGAUGAUGACUCUGACGAUCGACGACCAGCCAAGUCUGCCAAAACCGGCAAAAAUUCCCGCGUGAUUCUGGGCGCCAACAACGCCAUUAGCAAGUCUUGCUCAAACAACAAUAGUAAAAACCGUCUCACCGCGUCCAAACGACGCAACAACCGCGACCACUACCCACAGUCCUGGGGCUGCCCCAGCCGCAAUAUCAAGAUGAAGAAGCGUGUCCUCUGCGUCUUCGACGGCCAGCGCCGCCUUUGGAAGGACGAAAUGAUGCUCGACAAUGAGUUCGAGGUCCGGCUAAAGCUCCCCGGUGGUGCUGGAGACGGCACAAACCGCGAAGCUUAUAUCACCGACCUGGAUGUCGAGACGCUUAAGCGCGCCAACGGGAUCCUCGGUGCUACUGAGGAGGAACGUGGCGCUUGGACUGAAGGAACUGGAGGGCAGCUCAUUGGACAGCCAGCGAUGCUACUCCCUGACUUCUCCCAGAACCAGGAGGGGGAUGUCGUGGAUAUUGACGAGUUGAUGGCUUGAUUUGCGAGCUGGAAUUGGUUUGUUUUCUUAUAUGCAUGAUGAUAGCGGCAUUUUGGAUAACUUGAUUGAUACCACUGCGUUGAUUGUUUUAUUAAUCAAAAAAGACAUGUACUUAUAUAAAGGCUGGACCUUGAUGGCAACUUCUUCGCCUACGUGAUGUUAUAUGCUUCUAUAUUUCUUUAAUAAACUGUGAGACGAGA